UACACAAGUAUCAUCAUGCCAACAAUAUUCAUUCUAAUCGCUCUGUCCGGGAUAAUCGGCAACACUAUUGUCAUUUUCACGGUGAUCAAGAACUUUAAAUUCAAGUCCAGCGGCAGCAGAGUUCCGGAUGUCUUCUUCCUCAGUUUGUCUGUGGUUGACCUGCUCUUCCUGAUGGGGAUGCCGUUUGUCAUCCCUGAGUUACUGGGGAAUAGAGGUUGGUAUUUUGGGAGCAGAAUGUGCACCGUUAUCUCUGUGAUGGACACCAACACCCAGUUUAGCAGCACCUACAUCCUCGCAGCUAUGACUAUAGACACGUACUUGGCCAUCGUGUACCCUCUGACUUCGGCUCGCUUCCGCAAACCCUGUUUCGCCACCCUCACGGUCUGCUGUCUCUGCCUCCUCUCGUUUCUGUCUGUGAUCCCGGUUUGGAUGUACGCCGGGCUCCUCCGGCAACCCGGGGGCCUCUCGGGCUGUGUGAUCCGCUUUCCCAACCCCAAGACGGAUAUGUACUGGUUCACCAUUUACCAGUUCUUCCUGGCGUUCGCUAUUCCCUUCACCGUCAUCUCAGUGGCUUACAGGAAGAUCCUGUUGAAGAUGAGCUCCCCCAGCUCUCUCCUCUCGCACGAAAGAGCUAGACUGCGGACCAGAAAAGUGGCGCGAAUCGCCAGUACCAUCUGCCUCACUUUCCUUCUCUGCUGGGCACCUUUUUACCUGCUGCAGUUGGUACAGCUGACUCCAGCCGAGCCCACCUUGCUGUUCUACUACGCCUAUGUGGCUGCAGUCGGUUUGGGCUAUUCCAGCAGCUGCCUCAAUCCCUUCAUCUACAUUAUCCUGUGUAACAAUUUUAGGAAAAGCUUUAUCAUCUCCGUGCGGCCUUCCUCCGAAUCUCAGCAGGUCCACAGGGCCGUGGCUUGGAUCGGGAAGGAUGCACAGCGAGGGCAAAAGGAUCAGCACCACGGACAGCGACGACCGAGUCUCCUCUUUCCCAGGUCCGGGAAAGCCAGUUAG